CCUAACAGAGCCCCCUUUGUUUGCGCCGGUGACUUGCUGCCUCCUGCCUAAGCCAUAGCUCGCUAAACCCGGGGUUAGAGCAGUUGCAGGAGGCAGCACGCGCGCUCGGUUGGCUGUUUGCACUGAAAUCUGUCCAAACCGAAGCUAGCCUGAGCAGCAAAAAUGGAUACCGAGUUUUGCAUCACUUGUCGUGGUGACGAUUUCGUGGAGUUCAAGUCGGAGGGCGACCUGGUGUGCAGGAAAUGCGGGACGGUGAAGGAGUCGCGCCUCAUCGAUGAGCGCUCCGAGUGGCGCACGUUCAGUGACAAAGACAAGGAUACCACCGACCCCAACCGUGUGGGUGGCCCCACCAACCACCUGCUGGAGGGCCUCACCACCACCAUCGGCCGCGAGCGGAACGACGGCGGUCUGUCGUACGCGUUGAACCGCAUCCAUGCGCGCACCAACAACCCGGACCGGCUGCUGGUGAACGCGUUCAAGGAGGUGGGGCGCAUGUGCGACCUGCUGGGGGUGCGCGGCGCCGUCAAGGACCGCGCCUGCGAGAUCUACAAGGAGGUGGUGGAGGCCAAGUCGCUCAAGGGCCGCUCCGUCAAGGCUCUGGCCGCCUCCUGCCUGUUCUGGGCGUGCCGGCAGGAGAAGCAGCCGCGCACGUUCAAGGAGAUCGUGUCCUGCCUGGGCAACGACGUGAGCAAGAAGGAGAUCGGGCGCACCUUCAAGGACCUGCAGCAGCUCAAGAAGGACGAGCUGCACAGGCAGGGCGCGGCGGCGGACGCGCUGGCCUCCAGCUGCAACCAGACCGUGCAGCACCCGGCGGAGUUCGUGCGCACCUACAGCGCUCAGCUGCGCAUGGACUUCAAGUGGCGGCGCCUGGCCGAGGACAUCGCCACCGCCGCCAAGCCCGCCGACCGCCGCAUGCCCUGGGACGGCCGCACGCCCACCUCGGUGGCCUCCGCGGUGGUGCUCAUCGCCAUGGCGCUGGCUGAGAUCCGCAAGGACGGCGAGGCGCCGGGCGGGGCCGGCAGCUCUCGCAGCGUCAAGGCGCGCUUCGACGAGGCCCUGUCCAAGGUGGCGGUGGUGAGCAGCGUGGCGGAGGGCACCAUCCGCGGCGUGUACAAGGACCUGUUCCCGCACCUGCGCGAGCUGGUCCCCACCGAGUCCGUCCGCGACGAGGAACUGCAGCGCCUGCCCAACCCCGACUGGCGCAACGCCGGCCCCCAGCCCGUGACGCAGCCACAGCCGGCGGCGGCGGCCGCCGCCGCGGCGCCUGCGGCGCCGGUGGCGGCUGCGCCGCCGGCGCACGCGGCGGCGGCCAUGCCGCCUCCGGCGGCGGUGCCGGCACCUGUGGUGCGGCCGGCCCUGGUGCAGGGCGCCGCGGCGGCUGCGGGCGGCGCGCCGGGCGUGACUCCGGCCACGCAGCAGCAGGCUCAGGCGGUGCUGCAGCAGCUGGCUCUGGCCAUGUACACGAGUGCCAUGGCGCAGGCCCAGGCGCAGGCGCAGCAGCGCGCGUGAGCAGGCGGCGCGUAUGUGGGGGGGAGGUUGAGAAGCAGCCUGGGCAUGACGGCUCAGGGCAGGGCCGCGCCAUGGUUGCGCUGGGCGGCUGCCGGAAGGGGCAUGCCGCUGGAGGAGCGGACGCGGCUGCCCUGUGGGACAGGCGGGCGGUGAAAGCGCGGGGUGUGGCAGGUGUGUCGCGCCGGCAGCCGCAGUGCCCGGUCGGCGUGAGACGGCAGCCGCAGCUUGAGAGACCGGUUGGCAUCCGAGAGGGAUCCUGGCUUCGCAGUUUUCUUUGGCGGGCCGCUGUUCAUGGCAACAUCACGACUGCAGAGAGAAUGGUUGCUCGAUGGAGGCUCGUGGCUGAGGGAUCUUAGGAAGUUAUGAUGCCUGAGCUCGGAUGCAACGACCACGUGUGGGGCUGUGGGGGUCAAGGGCAUGAGGCGGCACCGGGCCCCUGGCGCCCGUGUGCCGGCGCCCGCUUUGGAGACAGCCUCGCGCGAGCGUUUUGCCGGCAGCCAGCCAGGCGGACGGUCGAUCAUACUGACCAUAAUCAUCACAGACCUUAUAAACGAAGACUGCAGGGUGGGACGGACUGCCGCCGGACGCAGGCAAGCAGGCAGACAAAUGUGUAGCAAUAGUGGGUGCGGCCCUUGAGACGACGAGGGUUGGGUUUGAUUGCUGUGGGAUGUAUUUUGUAGUGCUGUUGUCCUCAGGUAGUUAGGGUUUGGCGAUGGCGGGCGUGGGAAGGUUCGGUCGCGCCAACUCAGGGGUAGGCAGUGUGGGCUGUGUGGUGCAACCGAGGGUGGGCGCUACUGCGUUGAAUAUGUGCAAAUCUGUGUGGCAGCGGAGGGAAAAGCCGUGAGCAAAGCAAAGGCUGAGGAGUUGGUACAAAGAGGGCUCGUGCCCGUGAAGUGGGUUGUUGCAGAGGUACAUUGCAAACGGCAACGCGUCCUACACACGCCGGUCCCCACAGUGACACUCCCGCAAAGCGGACACAGGCAGACAGCGAGUCGCUUCCCGUGUGCGGUGUGCUGUGGGGACGAGAGGGAGGUGCAAGCCGGUGGCUGAGGACUGCCUAAAACUGUGCAGUCCAACACGUUGUUGCGCUGUGUGUGGGGGGGGGGGAACGCGGCGAGUGUGAGAGGACCUCGGAUGCGCCCGGUCGGCCGGACAGUAGCAGUCUGCUGGCGGGGAUGGGCUGUAGUGCUUUAACUCCAUGGCGUGGGCCGCUAAACUGCAGGGCCUGCUGGCGUCCAGCGUGUCGCCAGCUCCCCCAUGAGGCCAUGACGGCGUGCGUGCUUUGUCGGCCCGGUGGUGGCAAUGGAUCAGCGAAUGUGCGAGGGCGGGGGGCUUGCCGGUACGCCCCUGCUCACGGCACAUCACGGCACUCGCCCCUGCCCACGGCGCAUGCCUGUUGUAGUGUUACA